AUGGAUUCAAAAAAAAAUGAAGCUCCCGACGGCAAAACGAAGGGGCGCUUCUGUUUGUUAGCAUCUGGUGCGCUCAUUUUCGUUGGCAUCGCAAUCUUGCUUUAUUUUACCCAAUUUCAGCCCCAUAAGCCACGGUUUAUCAUUCAGGACGCUACUGUCUACGGCUUGAAUUUUUCAAACCCAAACUUGCUAACUUGUAGCAUGCAGGUCACUUUAUCUACGAGAAACCCUAAUGGCCAUAUUGGGAUAUACUAUGAAAAGCUUGAUGUACAUGCUAUCUAUCAACACCAACGGAUAACCCAAGCAACUGCGCUGCCUAGGACUUACCUAGAUCACGAAGAGGUCUCUGUGUGGUCUCCGUUUUUGUACGGUAAAGAUGUACCGAUUUCUCCACUCGUGGCUGCUGGAUUGAUGGAAGACUUGAAAUCUGGCUGUGUGUCACUCGAUAUCAAGGUUAAUGGAAGGCUGAAAUGGAAGCUUGGCUCGUCGAUGAUUGGCAAAUAUCAAUUGAUCGCGAAUUGCCCAGCUUAUAUUCCUCUUGGAAACCCAAGUAAAAUGGAGUCAGCAGUCAAGUAUGAAUUUGUGCAGCUUUGUAAAGUGAAAGUUGAGUAA